AUGAGUUUUCCUUCUUAUGAACCCUUUCUCUCAUUUUGUCCCCCUUUCUUUUCCUCUUUCUUUCUUUCUUUAUUUGUGUUUUCUUUCUUUCUUUCUCUCUUUCUCUUUUUCUUCCUUUCGUUCUGUCUUUCGUUCUUUUCUUCUCUUUGUUUCCCCUUACAUUCUUCCUUUCUUUCUUUCUUUCUUUCUUUUCUCUUUGUUCUUUGUUUCUUUCUUUCUUUGUGUUUAUUUCUCUUUCUUUCUUUCUUUCUUUUUUUCUUUCUUUCUUUCUUAUUUUUGUUCAUUUUCUCCCUUUGUGUUCACUUUAUUUGUUUCGUUCUUUUUUCCUUCUUUGUGCCACCUUUCUUUCUCCGUCUCUUUUUUCUUUCUUUCUAUUUUUCUUUUUUUUUCUUUUUAUUCUUAUUUUAUUUCUUUUUCUUUCUUUCUUUCUUUCUUUCUUUCUUUCUUUCUUUCUUCAACGUUUAUUUAUUGUUUUCUUCUUUCCAUUUUUCUUUCUCUCCUUUUUACUUUCUUUCUCUCUUUUUCUUUCCUUUUGUUUUCUUCUUUUCCUUUUUCUUUCUUUUUUUAAUGAUGCUUCAUUGUUUGCUUUCUUCUCUCUUUCUUUUUCUUUACUUCUUUCUUUCUUUCUUUCUUUUUAUUCUUUCUUCUUGUCCCCUUUCUUUCUUCGUAUCCUCUUUCUUUCUUUCUUUCUUUCUUUCUUCGUGUCCCAUUUCUUUCUUUCUUUCUUUCUUUCUUUCUUUCUUUCUUUCUUUCUCCGAUACCCCGAUACUAACGUGGUGUGAGCACUCAGUUCUCUCCCACUGUCACUCUCUCUCUCUCACACACACUCUCUCUUUCUCUCUCACUCUCUCUCUUUAUUUCUCUCUUUCUUUCUCUCUCUCUCUCACUUUCUCUUUCUCACUCUCUUUCUUUUCUCUCCCAAUCUCUCUUUCUCUCUCUCUCUCCCUCCCUCUUUCUCUCUCACGCUUUCUCUCUCUUUCAAACUUUAUUUUUCUUUCUCUUUCUCUCUCACUCUCUCACUCUUUUCUCUCUCCUCUCUCUUUCUCUCUCCCUCUCUCUUUCUCUCUCACUCUUUCCCUCUCUUUCAAACUUUCUUUUUCUUUCUCUUUCUCUCUCAAAAAGAAGAGAGUAAGACCAGAAGCUGCCUAUCUAUACGAUGCCGUCAAGUUAUACGCCCACGCAGCAGACUCGGCUUGGCGGGAUGGAAAGUCAGUACGUGUCAGUGGAUUUUACUUUCGUAUCAACACCAACGGAGAUGCUGAGGGUAAUUUUUCGCUGAUAGCCCGACGAUUUACAAAAGGCAAAGGUUGGGGUCUUUACCCAGUGGGUGUCUUUCGCUUAAGUGAGAAUCUGACCGGAUAUCCGACCUUUCAUUUGUUCGAAGGAGAGGCUAUUUCCUGGCCGGACGGAAAAGGACCCCCACUGGAUGAACCUCCAUGCGGUUACCGAGGCGAGAAAUGCAUUCCCGAGAAAAUGAAAUUUGGACGUAGCUACCUUCUUCUCACUUUCCCGUUAUCUCUCUUUACGUCCCUCUAUUUGUUAUUCUCUUUCUUUAUUCUCCUUUCUCUCUUCAUCCCUUCUCUUUUUCUUUUCCUCCUUUUCCUCUCUCUCUCUCUCUCUCUCACUUUCUCUCUCUCUCUUUCUCUCUCUCUAGUUUUCCUCCUCCUCUCCCUAUCUCCUGGCCAACUUUCUCUCCUCUCUCUCUCUCUCUUUCUCUGUCCCUGUCACUCUAUUCUAUCGAAGGCAUUUCCGAAAAUUCUUUCUUUCUUUCUUCCUUUCUUCUUCUAUCUCACACUGUUUAAACCUAUCUAUCUCUAUCGCUCUAUCGAUUUACCAGUCUCAAUCUGUUCAUAUCUAUCUAUCUAUCUAUCUAUCUAUCUAUCUAUCUAUCUAUCUAUCUAUCUAUGUUAUCUCUCACACUCUUUCUUUCAGAUUUUCUUUCUUUCUUUCUUUCUUUCUUUCUUUCUUUCUUUCUUACAGCUUUCUCAUACACAAAAGUCUAACCAAUUUAAUUGGUUAAUCUAUCUAUCUAUCUAUCUAUCUAUCUAUCUAUCUAUCUAUCUCAGUCUGUAG